AUGAGACUUUAUGCCUUCGGCUCUAAUGGAUCAGGCCAACUCGGCAUCGGCCACGAAGAAGACGUCUCCACGCCAACGCAAUGUCUCUUCGAGCAGCCACAAGAAUCACAAACAACCACCAUUAAUACCAAUCUGACAGAUGAAUCCGAAAUCGUCACCAUCGCAGCAGGUGGAAACCACACCCUCCUCCUAACAACCAGCGGCUCCAUCUACGCCGCCGGCUGUAAUACAGACGGACGGUGCGGGCCGCACAGGCCAACCAAAAACGGGCACGAGUCCGACAACAAUGAAGGAAAAAUCCUGCGCUUUCGUCAAAUAAUUCUCUCAGACGCAACCUCCGACACAGAAGUAUCCAAGUUCAAACAUGUUUCCGCGACGUGGGAGGGCACGAUUGCUGUAGCUUCUGUGCCAAGAAGCAGUAACAGUAACGUCGCUCACCAUGGAGACAAACCCGAUACAGAAGAUCGGGUCUUCGUAUUCGGCUCCUCGCCUAAGGGUGAACUAGGUCUAGGACAAAGCACAUCCACUCCCGUCCCGGGGACAUGUAUCCCCUCCUUCCCGCCAGCUGGUUUGAAGAUCACAGCGCUGGCAAGCGGGAUGGCUCACUCGGUUGCUGUGCUCUCUAAUGGAGAUGUUUAUGGUUGGGGCGGGGCGCGGAAGGGCCAGCUCGGGAGGGAAAAUCGAGAGGCUAGGAUUGCUUAUUCGCCUGUGAAGAUUUGUGUGCCGUUUUUUGCGGAGGCUGUUGCUUGCGGGAGGGAAUUUACGGUUGUCUCGGGGCGGGGGCAGUUUGUUGUUCUUGGGGAUAAGGGGAAUCGGUGGGGAGUGGUGGGUGUGCCGGAGAGUUUAUCUUUGCGUGCGGGGCGGGGUCAUGGGGAUGGAGGUUUAGAGGAAUAUGGAGGGUGCAGAGGUACUAUCUGUUAUUGCUAUAGUGGUAUUGCGGCUAGUUGGCAUGGAGUUUAUGUACAUGCUGCGCCUGGGCUGGGACGGGCGGGGCCGUCGGCCGAAGCCUCAUGGACUAGGUCUCAAUCGGAUGCACAGACAAACUCUGAUUCUGAUUCUGAUUCUGUUGGUGGUUCCAUUGUUGCUUGGGGGCGCAAUGAUCGCGGCCAACUUCCACCGCCGGAUCUUCCACCUCCCGCUAAACUCGCUGUUGGUAGUGAGCAUGCCCUUGCUCUCCUAGGAGAUGGUCGAGUGGCGGCGUUUGGAUGGGGCGAGCAUGGGAACUGUGGGCCCGAUACUGAUUCCCAGGGGAAUGUAUCGGGUACAUAUAAUGUGAUUUCGCUCCCCAAGGCUGUGGGGGAGGAUGGGAAGGUUGUCGGGGUUGGAGCAGGGUGUGCGACUAGCUGGAUGAUUGUGACAUGA